CAAUGCUUCCCAAGGUCUCAGAUGGAUCAUUUCUUUUCUUCCAGACACACAGAGGCUGAAGCUCUGAGCACAACAUGAUGAUUCUAAUUCAGAUUCAAACUUUUUUCUUCACAGGAACAAACAUUACAAACAACGAGGAGCUGAGGAUUGUGCUGGUGGGGAAGACUGGGACUGGGAAGAGUGCUACUGGAAACACCAUUCUGGGUCGACAGUGCUUUGAAUCCAAAUGCAACGCCAAAUCCCUGACUGUGAACUGCUCCAAAGGCUCCAGUAAUAUUGAUGGACAGCAGGUUGCUGUCAUUGAUACUCCAGGUCUGUUUGACACCAGAUUUGAAAAAGAUAAAACCACCAAAGAUCUGAGUCAGUGCGUCCGCUACGCUUCUCCUGGACCCCACAUCUUCCUGGUGGUUGUUAAAAUCGGCAGAAUCACAGAAGAAGAAAAACAAUCAGUGCAAUUGAUUCAAGAACUCUUUGGACAGGCAGCAGACAGAUACAGCAUGGUUCUGUUUACCCGUGGAGACGAUCUUGAUGAUACCACCAUUGAAGAUUAUUUGUCUGGAAGCCCAGAGCUGCAGAAUUUGGUGUCCAGAUGUAACGGUCAGUAUCAUGUCUUCAACAACAAGCUGAAAGAUAAGAAACCUCAGGUCACUGAGCUGCUGAAGAAGAUCAGAACCAUUGUUGACAGGAAUGGAGGAAGUCACUACACCAAUGAGAUGUUCCAAGAGGCUGAGAGGGAAAUCGAAGAGGAGAAACAACGAAUCCUGAAGGAGAAAGAAGAGGAAAUACGUAAAGAGAAAGAAGAACUGGAGAGAAAAAUAGACGAAAAGUAUCAGAAAAUGAUUCAGAAAAUGCAUGAACAAUUCCAGGCUGCGACAGAGAGAGAGAGGUUGGACAGACAGCAGGAAAGAGAGGAUUGGAGAAAGGAGAUGGAGAAGGAAAGGAGGAUGAUGGUGGAGGAGAGGAGGCAUGAAUGGGACAUGAGAAGGGCAGAGAACAUGGAGUUAGAAAUGCUGAGAAGACAACAAGAGGAGCAGAAGAACAGAGAAAUUCAAGAAGCAAAAUUCCAGCUGCACUACAACCAAAUGAAGGAGCGGAAGAACAGAGAAAUUCAAGAAGCAGAAUUCCAGCUGCACUACAACCAAAUGAAGGAGCGGAAGAAAAGAGAAAUUCAAGAAGCAAAAUUCCAGCUGCAGCAAAAGCAUCAAUCUGAGGCCAGAAAAGAAGCUGAACAUAGGGGUCCUUGGGCAAAAUUUAAAAACCUCUUUCCUAAGGUUUUUAAAAGGUAG